AUGACGGAUACGUUGAAUAUUACUACCUACUGCGAGACGGCGGCCAAGCUGACUUUUGGGACUUGGUACAUCUGGCAAACGAUCCUGAAAGCGGUGCUGAACUCCGCUUCUGUGAUUUUCAUAAUUUACAUGUUUGCCCGUCGGUUGAUAUGGAUACAUAAUGAAUUUCAUGGCUUGAUCGGCUUCAAAUUGCUAAUCGUCGGAGUCUAUGCCUGUAAUAAUGCAAUAACACAUUGGCAGCCCAUCAUCGGCCGAAUGGUAUCAAGCGAUCCCUGUACUCUAGUAUUCUACAGCACUUCUUGUCUAGUUUUCAAGAUUAUUCAGAUCAUCUUCUUCCUGAUCAUCACCCUCGAGUUUUGCCAGCACGAGCUCAACCAAAAGUGGUUCAUUCUACACUGCCAGCAAGAGACGGCUGUAGGUCUU